GCUGGACUGGAGACUGAAGUGACAGCAGAACAUGUGAGCUGGUCAUAGCUUUGUGCAGUAGCUAACGGCGGGGUAAUGGCGUCUUCAGUCAAUUAGAGGUAAACCCCUGGUUUGCCGUGAAUUGUUGCUAAACUCUCCCGUGUCCCACCUGUCCGGCCCGGAGAAGAAGCCGGAAAGAGAGGGGCUGCCGCCGGGCUGUUGCAUAGCACUGCUGCUGCUAGCUUAGCUAACGUCAGCUAACCCACUGCCAGCGGUAAACACUCGGGUCAAAAAAUGGCCUCGGUUUCGAUUCCUGCCUGCACCACUGCACUUUUACUGGACAUCGAGGGAACCACGACGCCAAUCACGUUUGUUAAGGACAUCCUGUUUCCUUAUAUCAGAGAGCAUCUUGAGGAUCAUCUGUCCACGCACUGGGAGGAAGAUGAGUGCAAACAAGACGUCCACCUGCUCAAGAAGCAGAUCGAAGAGGACAUGAGGCAGAACCGGGCGUGUCCCGUCCACACCGUGGACCAGACGGUCCACACGGACGAGGAGAAGGCCAUCAGGGAGGUGGUGGAGAGCGUGAUGUGGCAGAUGGCGGCGGACAGGAAGUCCACGGCGCUCAAGCAGCUGCAGGGCCACAUGUGGAGGGCGGCCUACACGUCUGGGAGAAUCAAAGGCGAGAUCUACCCCGACGUGGUGCCGUCCGUCAAAAAGUGGCGGGAAUGCGGCCUGAAGGUUUACAUCUACUCCUCUGGCAGCGUGGAGGCCCAGAAGCUCCUGUUCAGACACUCGGUGGAAGGAGACGUUUUAGACCUCUUCGACGGCCACUUCGACACCACGAUAGGAGCCAAAGUGGACUCAAAGAGCUACGAGAGGAUCGGCGAGCGGAUCGGCUGCCAGCCGGGAGAAAUCACCUUCCUCACCGACGUCAGCAGAGAGGCCAAAGCGGCGGAGGAAGCCGGGCUGAACGUCCUGCUGGUGGUCCGGCCCGGAAACAUGGAGCUGACGGACGAGGAGAGCGCUCACUACAACCUCAUUACCUCCUUUAGUCAAGUUCAGCUGACGGGGCGAGCUUAACGCUGACGCAGUCCGCUUCUCCUCUCCCAUCCCUGACUUUCUCUCUUUUUUUUUUUUUAUCUACUCUGGUGUUCUUGAUUUUGACUGUUGGCAGAAACUGGGACUUUUUAUUUUCUUUUGUUCACUGUAUGGCUAAUUAUGUAGCCUUGAAUUCCUUUUCUUGUAACAAUGAAAGCCUGCGCCCUGCAUGGUUUUGAAGCAAAAUUCUCUACCAGUCGCUUAGGUAGAUCUCUGCUUUGACUAGACCGUUCUAACACGAGAACGUUGCUCGUUAGGGUCACUCCACCUCCGUCUCAAGGGUCUUACGGCUUUCCAGCAGGGUUUAUUUCCACCAAUAGAAACCCCAAAACAUUAUGCUGCUACACGGCGGAGAUGAUGUUUGCAUUGUUGCUCUUUAAGCUGUGCAAUUCUUUUUUUUUAAACAAUGCUUUGAAUAUCUCUACGACUGUAUAACCCUGUUUGUUCUCCGACAAAUCUGUGACGCCUUCACAGAACAUCUGGAUUUCUCAGUCUCUCCGAGGAGAUGCUACGAAUGCAAAUUCAAUCGUCGCCCUUGCAAUUUUCACCAAUCAUUGCGACUUUUCUGCAAAUCGGACCAAUCUCUGACCAGUUUUCAGUUUCAUCCCUUUCUGACCAGCCACUGCAGCUCUCCACCUUAAGCUAAAAGACGAGUUAAGCCACAUGACUCUGUCAUAUCAAGCCUGUUGCUGCCUGUUUUGCAGCCGUUGCACGUCAGUCAAUCCCUUUUUUGUUUCUCUACAGUUUGCUGUUGCUUCCCACAUAUUUAAAGUAAAUUUUUAUUGCCGGUCAGUCAGAUAUUGAACGUUAGAAACAACACAGCAAUAGCAACAAUGACGUGAGUUUUUUU